AUGUCCUUCUCCUUGUCCCUCUUGUGCUGCGUGUCCAAUGCCGCGGCGGCCACCGGCGGGGAUGAGGCCGCGGCGCUGCUGGCCAUCAAGGCCUCACUCGUCGAUCCGCUGGGGGAGCUCCGGGGGUGGGGUUCCGGGCUGCAUUGCGGCUGGAAGGGCGUGCUAUGCGACGCCCAGGGCGUGGUCUCAGGCAUCAACCUCGCCGGCAUGAACCUGAGCGGCACCAUCCCUGACGACAUCCUCGGCCUCACCGGGCUCACCUCGAUCGUCCUUCAGAGCAAUGCCUUCGACCGCGAGCUGCCUCUGGCGCUCGUAUCCAUCCCGACGCUCCGGGAGUUCGACGUCAGUGACAACAGCUUCACCGGCCGGUUCCCUGCUGGCCUCGGUGCGUGCGCAUCAUUGGUGUACUUCAACGCGUCCGGCAACAACUUCGUCGGUCCGCUCCCGGCCGACAUCGGCAAUGCCACCGAGCUCGAGACGCUCGACGUCAGGGGGGGCUUCUUCUCCGGCACGAUCCCCAAGAGCUACGGCAAACUACAGAAGCUCAAGUUCUUGGGGCUAUCUGGCAACAACCUCAAUGGCGCUCUCCCGGCCGAGCUGUUCGAGCUCGCGGCAUUGGAGCAGAUAAUCAUCGGCUACAACGAGUUCAGCGGCCCAAUCCCGGCGGCUAUUGGCAAGCUCAAGAAACUCCAGUACCUUGACAUGGCGAUCGGCAACUUGGAAGGCCCCAUUCCCUCGGAGCUCGGCCAGCUGCGGGAGCUCGACACCGUCUUCCUUUACAAGAAUAACAUCGGCGGCAAGAUACCCAAAGAGCUCGGCAAUCUAUCGUCCCUCCUCAUGCUCGACCUCUCUGACAACGUGCUCACAGGCGCCAUUCCGCCGGAGCUGGCGCAGCUCACCAACCUGCAGCUGCUCAACCUCAUGUGUAACCGGCUGAAGGGCGGCGUCCCGGCGGGCAUCGGCGAGCUUCCCAAGCUGGAAGUGCUGGAGCUGUGGAAUAACUCCCUCACCGGCUCGCUGCCACCGUCUCUCGGCGCCGCGCAGCCGCUGCAAUGGCUCGACGUGUCUACGAACGCGCUGUCCGGGCCGGUGCCCGCCGGUCUCUGCGACAGCGGCAACCUCACGAAGCUGAUACUCUUCAACAAUGUCUUCACGGGCCCGAUUCCGACGGGGCUCACCACGUGCUCGUCGCUGGUCCGGGUGCGCGCGCACAACAACCGGCUCAACGGCACGGUGCCGGCGGGGCUCGGGCGGCUGCCGCGGCUGCAGCGCCUGGAGCUGGCUGGUAACGAGCUCUCCGGUGAGAUCCCCGAUGACUUGGCGUUGUCAACGUCGCUCUCCUUCAUCGACCUCUCCCACAACCAGCUGCGAUCGGCGCUGCCGUCGAACAUCUUGUCCAUUCCGACGCUGCAGUCGUUCGGGGCGGCGGACAACGAGCUGAUCGGAGGUGUGCCCGAUGAGCUAGAUGAUUGCCGAUCCCUCUCCGCCCUUGACCUGUCGAGCAACCGGCUGUCCGGCGCUAUACCGUCUAGCCUCUCUUCGUGCCAGAGGCUCGUCUCGCUUAACCUCCGUAGCAACCGCUUCACCGGGCAGAUCCCUAGCGCGGUCGCCAUGAUGCCGACAUUGUCUGUCCUCGAUCUCUCCAACAACUUCCUCUCCGGCGAGAUUCCAAGCAACUUCGGCAGCUCGCCGGCGCUAGAGAUGCUCAACCUGGCGAACAACAACCUCACCGGUCCCGUGCCGGCGACCGGGCUUUUGAGGACAAUUAAUCCCGAUGAACUUGCUGGGAACCCGGGCCUUUGCGGGGGCGUCCUGCCGCCGUGCGGGGUCAACGCUCUGCGGGCUUCGUCAUCGACGUCAGGCCUCCGGCGUUCGCACGUCAAGCACAUCGCCGCCGGGUGGGCGAUCGGCAUCUCGAUCGCUCUCGUGGCAUGUGGUGCCGUCUUCCUCGGCAAGUUGACGUACCAGAGGUGGUACCUCAAUGGUGGAUGCUGCGACGAGGCCGUCGAGGAUGACGGGAACGGCUCGUGGCCGUGGCGCCUCACGGCGUUCCAGCGGCUGAGCUUCACCAGCGCCGAGGUGCUCGCGUGCAUCAAGGAGGACAACAUCGUCGGCAUGGGCGGCUCAGGGGUGGUGUACCGCGCCGACAUGCCGCGCCACCACGCCAUCGUCGCCGUCAAAAAGCUCUGGCGAGCGGCGGGUUGCCCCGAGGAGGGCACGGUGGACGGGCGCCGGGACGUCGAGGCAGGAGCAGGAGGCGAGUUCGCCGCGGAGGUGAAGCUCCUCGGCCGACUCCGGCACCGGAACGUUGUGCGCAUGCUGGGGUACGUGAGCAACGACGUGGACACGAUGGUGCUGUACGAGUACAUGGCGGGCGGCAGCCUGUGGGAGGCGCUGCACGGGCGGGGCAAGGGAAAGCAGCUGGUGGACUGGGUGUCCCGGUACAACGUGGCUGCUGGCGUCGCCGCCGGACUGGCGUACCUGCACCACGACUGCCGGCCCCUGGUGAUCCACCGCGACGUCAAGUCGAGCAACGUGCUCCUGGACCCAAACAUGGAGGCCAAAAUCGCCGAUUUCGGGCUGGCGCGCGUCAUGGCGCGGCCCAACGAGACCGUCUCGGUGGUCGCCGGCUCCUACGGCUACAUCGCGCCGGAGUACGGGUACACGCUGAAGGUGGACCAGAAGAGCGACAUCUACAGCUUCGGGGUGGUGCUCAUGGAGCUGCUCACCGGGCGGCGGCCCAUCGAGCCGGAGUACGGCGAGAGCUGCGUGGACAUCGUCGGUUGGGUCAGGGAGCGGCUGCGCAGCAACAGCGGGGUGGAGGAACUGCUCGACGCCGGCGUCGGGGGGCGCGUCGACCACGUUCGGGAGGAGAUGCUGCUGGUGCUGCGGAUCGCGGUGCUGUGCACGGCAAAGUCACCCAAGGACCGGCCGACGAUGAGGGACGUGGUGACCAUGCUCGCGGAGGCCAAGCCGCGCCGGAAGAGCAGCAGCGCCACCGUGGCGGCCACGGUCGUCGACAAGGACAAACCGGUGUUCACCACGUCGCCGGACUCUGGCUACCUGUAG